AUCUUAAUAUAAAAAAAACUCGUUUGAUCCAUCCGUCUUCUCUCAGAUUAGCUUUUUAACAUCUUGGCUGGGUUUCGUGUGAUUUCGUUUUGGAUAUGGUUGUUCGGAUUCUUGUUACCAUGAUUCGGCUAUAGUGUUUGUCGCCUCUGAUUGUCUCAAGCAUCGUUCUUUACUGAUUUUUAGAUAGCUCUGAGAUCUGUCUCUGCGAUUCGUCGGAUUUGAAUUCGUUUUUUUUUUUGGGUAGCUCUUGGAUUUCUUCUUCUAGGGUUUCCAAGAGGAUAGAGAAAAUGCGGGUGUCCUCUGAGAUACUCCUUCUUUCUUUGGUUCCGGCGUUGACUUUUUAUCAUUCUGGUUUAAGUUCUAAUCGUUUGAAACCUCUUCAAAAGAGUGAUUGGCGUGGUAAUCUUAGUUAAACAACAAUUUCUCUGUUUUUUUGUUUCUCCGAUCUCUUCAGAUCUUUUCAAUUUUCUCUUCGGUUUGGUUUGUUUUCACGCAUUUCCUAGCUCGGAGUAAGCUAAUCGAAGAAAACAAGCUUGUUAUUGAUCGAUCUUUCGGUUUUUGUUUUGACGUUUUGUGUGAACGAGUUACUUUUGGAUAUGAGCUCUGUCUGUGGUGGGUUGGAUUUCAAAGAUGCAGAGAGCAGCUCUGCUUCCAGUCCCAUUAUAUGUUCUACUGGCGUAAAGCAUAUCUCUUGUGUUGGAUCUGAUGAUGCUCAAGAGUCUGAUGGUGAUGAUAGUGGUUAUAUACACCAAACUGUGAUUGAAGAAUCCAAAGACAAGGCGAUCAGCGAACCCAUCCCUGAGUCUUUACCUCUCAAUUCUUUGGAUGAUGAAAGUGAAGAUAAGAACCUUGCUACUGCAUUGCAAGACAUGUUCUCUGAGAGUAUGAGUGUGGUUACUCUGAUUCCUGCCAUUAAAGGUGGUCGAGAGAAGCAUGGCAAGUCACUCGAGAAGCUCAGUGUGUCAUGGGCUGAAGAUGUGUAUGAUCCUCCUCCCUCCAUUGUCUCUCACACAAGAAGCAAGAAACAGCAACCGCAGAAAUCAAAGAGCAAAGACAACCUGAAGAAGAAUGGAAAGAAAGGACAAAAGGGAAGCAGCAAUUCCCGCAGCAGCAAAGACAAGAAGCAGAUUUCUUCACGCAGCAGCAAAUACAGUCGUGAUAAGUUUGAUUGGACAACACAAAUGUCUGUUCUAGCUGCAUCUUCUUGAAUCUGUGUGGUAUGACCAAGGCUCUUGCGUCUUCCUUGCUCUUGUCUCUCUCUCUCUCUCUUUCUUGUUUAUAAAUAAAAGAUUUGAAGUGAAAACUUUUCUCGAGUUUCAGAACGACUAUUGUUGUUGGUACGGAAUUGAUUUUGUUUUUACUCAAUUUACCACUUUUAUUGUGAAGUUUUUCCCUCUC